AUGUUGCAUUCAAACGAUUUAAUUAAAAUAGUGUCAGCUAUGUUGAAUUCCACAUUUCGUGUGUCAAAUUCGCUGUGCUUAAUUUUAAUAGUAUGCAUUUUAAUUGACGUGCAACCGUUGCCUGCCUUAAUCCUAGAGAACGAGAACAAUAAUAAUAUUCGUUUGAAUAGUCAUGGGUUCGAAUUGACCCAGGCGAAUAAUUUAUUGCGUCAGGAGCAAGUGCAAAAAGUGUGUGCCAAUUUAAAAUCACGAUCAAUUUUCGAAGACAUAGCUGACAUACCAGACGAUCAACUCGAUCACAUGAUAAUCGAUAAUAAACACAAGUUUCUCUAUUGUUACGUGCCAAAAGUUGCAUGUACAAAUUGGAAACGUGUUUUAAUGUUGAUGACAGAUCAAUGGAAAAAUGGCACCGAUCCACUGAAAAUACCGGCCGCAUUGGCCCAUUCGGCCGGUAUUUUUCGUAAAUUUAAUGCGUUAACACCGAACGAACGUGAAACAGUUUUAACGCAAUACACUCGUUUUAUCAUCGUUCGUCAUCCAUUCGAACGCCUAUUGUCAGCCUAUCGCAAUAAACUCGAAGGAAAUAUGCCAAGUGCUCGAUACUUCCAAGAGCGUAUUGGUCGACAAAUAAUUAAAUCAUUUCGUUUAAAUGCAGCAACCGAUUCGCUAAAUCGAGGUCAUGACGUCACAUUCAAUGAAUUCAUUAUGUAUCUGUUAACACCUGAACUAAGCAUGAACAAUCAAGCAAAUCAAUCGUUUUAUUCGUUUAACGAACAUUGGGAACCUAUAAAUAAGUUAUGUCAUCCUUGUGCAAUCAAAUAUAAUAUAAUUGGAAAGUAUGAAACACUAAUUGACGACUCAGCACUUGCAUUGCAUUUGGCCGGUGUUAAUAUCACCUUUCCGACGAGUCAACGUACAUCGGGCACUAGUGAAUUGUUGCGUGAAUAUUUUAAUCGAAUUCCGGUUAGCGUGACGAAAAGUCUAUAUAAAUUGUACGCUGUUGAUUUUAAAUUAUUUGGCUACAGUUUGGAAGAUGUGCUCGGUUAUGAACUUGAAUAA